AUGGCGGCGCUGAGCAGCGGCGGCAGCGCUGAGGGGGCCUCGCUCUUCAACGGGGACAUGGAGCCCGAGCCGCCCGCGCUCGGCGCCGGCUACGCGGGGGGCGGCGGCGGGGACCCGGCCAUCCCGGAGGAGGUGUGGAAUAUCAAACAGAUGAUUAAAUUGACUCAAGAACAUAUAGAGGCACUGCUAGACAAAUUUGGAGGAGAGCAUAACCCACCAUCGAUAUAUUUAGAGGCCUACGAAGAGUACACCAGCAAGCUUGAUGCUCUACAGCAGAGAGAACAGCAGUUACUGGAGUCCAUGGGGAAUGGAACUGAUUUCUCUGUCUCCAGUUCAGCUUCAACAGACACAGUUGCAUCAUCUUCCUCCUCUAGCCUCUCCGUAGCACCUUCGUCCCUUUCAGUUUAUCAAAACCCUGCUGAUAUGUCACGGAAUAACCCCAAGUCUCCACAGAAGCCUAUUGUUAGAGUCUUCCUGCCCAACAAGCAAAGGACUGUGGUUCCAGCAAGAUGUGGAGUGACGGUCCGAGACAGCCUAAAGAAAGCACUGAUGAUGAGAGGUCUUAUUCCAGAAUGCUGUGCUGUUUACAGAAUACAAGAUGGAGAGAAGAAGCCAAUUGGCUGGGACACAGACAUUUCCUGGCUCACGGGAGAGGAGCUGCAUGUGGAAGUCUUGGAGAAUGUGCCACUCACGACACACAAUUUCGUACGAAAAACAUUCUUCACGUUAGCGUUCUGCGACUUCUGUCGAAAGCUGCUUUUCCAGGGGUUCCGGUGCCAGACGUGUGGCUACAAAUUUCACCAGCGCUGUAGUACAGAAGUGCCACUGAUGUGUGUUAAUUAUGACCAACUUGAUUUGCUGUUUGUCUCCAAGUUCUUUGAACAUCACCCCAUACCACCGGAGGAGGCCUCCUUAGGAGAGAGCACCCCAGCAUCUGGAUCGUACCCCUCAGUGCCCCCCUCAGAUUCUGUUGGACCACCAAUUCUCCCUAGUCCUUCUCCUUCAAAAUCCAUUCCAAUCCCACAGCCCCUCCGACCAGCAGAUGAAGACCAUCGGAAUCAGUUUGGGCAACGCGACCGAUCCUCUUCAGCUCCCAAUGUCCACAUCAAUACAAUUGAGCCAGUCAAUAUUGAUGAAUUGAUUAGAGACCAGGGUUUACGAGGAGAGGGAGGCUCAACCACAGGUUUGUCUGCAACACCUCCCGCCUCUUUGCCUGGGUCACUAACCAAUGUGAAAGCGUUACAGAAAUCACCAGGACCCCAGCGGGAAAGGAAAUCCUCCUCAUCCUCAGAAGACAGAAAUAGAAUGAAAACUCUUGGUCGACGGGAUUCAAGUGACGAUUGGGAGAUACCAGAUGGACAGAUCACAGUUGGACAAAGAAUAGGAUCUGGAUCAUUUGGAACAGUCUACAAAGGAAAGUGGCAUGGUGAUGUGGCAGUGAAGAUGUUGAAUGUUACGGCACCCACACCUCAGCAGUUACAGGCUUUCAAAAAUGAAGUAGGAGUGCUCAGGAAAACACGACAUGUGAAUAUCCUGCUUUUCAUGGGCUAUUCAACAAAACCCCAGUUGGCUAUUGUUACACAAUGGUGUGAAGGGUCCAGCUUGUAUCACCAUCUACACAUCAUUGAGACCAAAUUUGAAAUGAUCAAGCUAAUUGAUAUUGCACGACAGACUGCACAAGGCAUGGAUUAUUUGCAUGCCAAGUCAAUCAUCCACAGAGACCUCAAGAGUAAUAAUAUAUUUCUUCAUGAAGACCUCACAGUAAAAAUAGGUGAUUUUGGUCUAGCUACAGUGAAAUCACGAUGGAGCGGGUCCCAACAGUUUGAACAGUUGUCUGGAUCUAUUCUAUGGAUGGCACCGGAAGUUAUUAGGAUGCAAGAUAAAAACCCAUAUAGCUUUCAGUCGGAUGUGUAUGCAUUUGGGAUUGUUCUUUAUGAAUUGAUGACUGGACAGUUACCAUACUCAAACAUCAACAACAGGGACCAGAUAAUUUUUAUGGUGGGACGAGGAUAUCUAUCUCCAGACCUCAGCAAAGUACGGAGCAACUGUCCAAAAGCUAUGAAGAGACUAAUGGCAGAAUGCUUAAAAAAGAAGAGAGAUGAGAGACCCCUUUUUCCACAGAUUCUUGCCUCCAUUGAGCUUCUGGCCCGGUCAUUGCCAAAAAUUCACCGCAGUGCAUCUGAGCCCUCAUUAAACCGGGCUGGCUUCCAGACAGAGGAUUUUAGUCUAUAUGCUUGUGCUUCUCCAAAAACGCCCAUCCAAGCAGGGGGAUACGGAGAAUUUGCAGCGUUCAAGUAGCCACAGCACCAUGGCAGCACCCACUCUGUUAUUUAAGUCUUGUGUUCCUACAGUUUCUUAACAU